AUGAGGAAAUUAAAAACAGGAAAUAAAGAACAAACAAAACUAAUGAAAAUGGAUGAGGGGGAAGAUGUACAUGUUACACAUAUUUUUACUGUUGAACAAAAAAGUGAAGUAAUUGAUCAAAUAAUUAAAAGGUGUAAAGGAACUGAACAUGUAAUUGAGGGAGUUACCUACAAGGCUCCAAGUGCUUCCAAAAAACAACAUCCAAAUAAUAACAAAAAGCCUGGUCAUAAUGAACAACAAAAACAUAACGAAGCAAAACCGGAACAUCAUGCAGAACACAAGGAUGAGCCAAAACACAAGGACAAUUCGAAACAAAAACCUGAGCAUCAUGCAGAACACAAAGACAAUUCGAAACACGUGGACGAUUCGAAACACGAAGAGAGCAAUAAAAAAGUGGAGCCGGCUGAAAGAAGGGGCAGAAUUAAUAGCCCUAAUAAUAAAGUUGAGGUUAAAAAGGAAGAAAGUCAUCAAGCAGAAAAGGAGAAAGGUGAAAAGGGCCAGAAAGAAAAUAAAAUAGCUGAACAUAGUGGACAAAAAGAUGGUCAACUUAAUAGUCUAAAAAACCCAAAAAGUAGUCACUUGGAAGAAGAAAAAAUUAAACAUAAAGAGAAUAUUAAUAGCAACAUUGAGAAGCCGGUAAGCGAUUUAAAAGAUGGUACCAGCGUUGAUAAGGAGGGAGAAAAGAAGAAUGAAGUGAAUAAUAAUUUACAGCAAAAUAUACAAAAUAAAUUAAUAGGUGAGCUAAUAAUUCCGGAAAAAAAUAUUAAAAGAAACAAAUAUUAA